AUGCGCGCACGGUUAGGACCUCAAGCUCCUAGUAAAAAUAGACCUUGCACCACCGCAACGCCAGCAUCACAUCCUAGACCCUCAGCUUCGCCCGUUUCACAAGGGCACGCCACACACCAAUCGGUGCUUAGGGUCGGCAGAGACCCCCUAAACGCAGCACCUCCAGGUUCCAUCAGUAAGCGACUAGAUGACAUGCUCUCCACGCCUUUCAGUUCUCGCAUCAUUAACUAUGAGCCCCCACAAGGGUUCAUCGUUCCAAAAUUUUCUACGUAUGAUGGAUCUAGUGAUCCAUUCGACCAUAUCAUGCACUAUCGUCAACUUAUGACCAUCGACAUAGGGAAUGACAUGCUACUGUGCAAAGUUUUCCCAACUAGCCUCCAAGGCCAAGUCCUCUCAUGGCUUCAUCGACUUCCUAUGAACUCGGUUGACAACUUCAGGGACCUGUCCGAAGUUUUCGUAGGACAACACCUGUGCUCAACAAGGCACAAACAAAACAUCAGCACCCUACAGAAUAUCAAGAUGCAAGAAAAUGAAACCUUGAGGGAAUUUGUGAAACGAUUCAGACAGGUUGUCUUGCAAGUAGAAUCUUACAACAUGGAUGUCGUCCUACAAAUUUUUAAACGAAGCAUAUGUCCAGGGACCCCUUUCUUUGAGUCCCUCGCUAAGAAACUUCCCACAACCAUGGAUGAUCUAUUUCGACGAGCAAACAAAUAUUCCAUGUUGGAGGACGACGUCCGAGCCACCACACAGCAAGUGCUAGUCGCUGGUCAGGCCACGAGGAACGACACCACCAGGAACUUCAAGCCUUCGAGUCAACAAGGGCCAUCCAACAGGGGGCAGGUCGAGCGACGUCCACGAAUUACUCUCACGCCUCUUACAUUAACAUAUGAGAAGCUGCUCCCUGUGGUUCGCGAGUUGCCCGGCUUCAGAUGGCCUGGACCAAUAAGAUCAAAUCCCAUGAAAAGAAAUCGCAGCAAAAAAUGUGCGUACCACAAGGACCAUGGACACACCGCAGAAGCAUGCCGAAGUCUCCAUCUUUUAGUGGAGAAUCUUCUAAAAGAAGGGCAUUUAAAGCAAUACGUCCGUGCUGCCACCAAAAGCGGGGAACCCUCUCGUGAUCAUGGCCUACGGGGCCCUAUAGCUCCUGUUAGAGCCAUUAUCAACUACAUACAUGGAGGACCCCUCGAUGAAGAAUACAACUCUAAAAGGAAAAGACAAAUAUUGUUGCGGGCAGCCACUAUCCAGGAGCAUAAAAGCUCCAUCCGACCAGGAUUAACUAGUGGGAGCGUCCAUCCAAUAAAUGGACCCAUCGUUUUUCCUGACAUUAGGGAUUGGGGACUUCGAUGUGAAAAGGAUACUAGUCGAUCCGGGUAG